AUGAGGCAGAAGAAAACGCUGAAGGUGAGCAUCCACGAAAUUAAAAAGUACUGCCCCUUCGUGAAAAACAUACAACUCUUUUACAAUGCGAAUGAGAGCAAAAGCAAAGACAAGCACAACAAGAACAAUGUGGUCAUGUCAGUCAUGUCCAAUCUAUGCCCAGUGGGAAAGGCCAUCAAUGAGAAGCGCCUUAUCAUAAUAGACAACAAAUCUAAAAUAAAUAUUUUUAAAAUUCUCAGAAAGUCUAACAUAAUAUCUAGACAUUUGGUGGAUUCGUUGGCCGCUCGAAGUGGCACAAUGGAAGUAAAAGCGGAGCAGGAGGAUCAGCAAAGGGGGGGAGCUACUCCAGUUGGGAAAACACCUGUUGGUGAGUAUAGCCAUACAGGUGAUGCUUGCAAAACGGAAAACACCCUUUGUGGAGAAUGCCUGUGUAAAAGCUGGGGCGAAAGCGCUGCACACACAAACACCCUUAGUGUAGUUGAAAACAAGCCUAGUCACUCACUAACAUGGUCGAAUGAAGCUUAUAAGCUAUUCCAAAAAGAAUGCACAAACGACUUGAAGGAACUUUUAAAUAAACUCUAUUUAGACAAAAGGUACAGAGUGUUUACCAUCCUAAACAAAUGCAGGAAGUUUUAUCCAAAUGUAGAUAUAGAGAAUGGCAAAUUAUUUCUUCCCAUUUUUUUUGAGUUUUUUCAAAAUUUUGGCUACAGGCCCUGUGUUGGGAAUAGUGCCUACAAGAUUGGGGGCAAUUAUAAUACCGUCACGGAUGGAUUAGGAAGCGCUUCCCCCAGGAAGGAAAACACUCAUGGGUGGAAUUCUUCCAAUGUGCGCACAUCUAUUAUCCAAACAACCAACGACAAAACGGUCGUGUGGUGUUCGAACGAUUAUCUAUGCUUGUCGAAUAACCAACAAGUGAUAGACGUAGGGAUUGAAACUCUGAGAAAAAUUGGGAACAGCAGUGGAGGCACAAGGAACAUCUCAGGUAGUUUACUAAAUCAUAGUCACUUGGAAUAUAUAUUGGCUAAAUGGUUUAAUAAAGAGAGUGCAUUAUUAUUUACCUCUGGGUAUAUAGCAAAUGUGGGUGCAUUAGAAACUUUGGGGAAAUUGCUAAAUCUUGUGUUCGUCUCGGACCAAAUGAAUCAUGCAUCUAUAAUCAACGGAAUCAGAGAAUCGAGAUGUGAAAAAAUUAUAUUCAAACAUAACGAUAUGGUAUAUUUAGAAAAGGUUCUAAAAGGACUGAGAACAGAUAAAGAAUAUGAAAGUAGAAAAAUCAUGAUUGUGUUUGAAUCCAUUUAUAGUAUGUCAGGGAAUAUUUCUAACAUUCCACGUAUUGUUCAGCUAGCCAAAAAAUAUAAUGCACUCACCUAUGUUGAUGAGGUUCAUGCUGUGGGACUGUACGGAAAAACGGGUUCUGGAUAUUUAGAAGAAUUAAAUAUAUGUGAUCACAUUGAUAUAAUUAAUGGUACUUUAUCAAAAGCGAUAGGUUCCUUGGGUGGGUUCAUUUGUGCGAACAAAUAUUAUAUUGACGUCAUUAGAUCCUACUCUCCCCAUUUUAUUUUCACCACGUCUUUGACGCCUGUUAAUAUUAACACAUCUGCGGAAGCCAUUCACAUAAUUCAGACCGACAUAAAUCUGCGAAAUAAAUUUCGCAAAGUUGUCCAGAAGACAAAGGAAAAAUUGAACCAACAGGGGAUACACAUUUUGAAAAACAACUCCCAUAUCGUUGUUGCUUUGAUUAACUGUGCUGAGAAGUGCAAGCAAAUUUGUGACGACCUGCUGACGGAACAUAAUAUAUACCUCCAGCCGAUUAAUUACCCCACCGUUCCGAGAGGAUCGGAAAGAAUCAGAAUCACGCCCUCGCCGUACCACACAGAUGAACACAUUGAAAAACUGGCGCAUAGCCUUUACGUGCUCUUCAAAAAGUACCAAGUAAAUAUGUUUGAUGAGAAGAACAGUCAAGCGCAAAUGCAGCUAUAG